CUUACUUCCGGUUUCCGCGGCGGUUGGCUUGCGGCCUCGGUCCUGAGCCAAACGGCUAGGACAUCUACAGGUAGUCAGACGCCUGCCUUCUGCUGCCAUUGCAGGGUGCUACAUGUGCCUUAGAGAGCGAGGAAAAUGAACACAGUUGUGGGGUUGGUGUCAUUCGAGGAUGUCUCUGUGGACUUCACCUGGGAGGAGUGGCAGGACCUGGAUGAUGCUCAGAGGAAGCUCUACAGGGACGUGAUGCUGGAGACCUACAGCAGCCUUCUGUCCUUGAACCAGUGUGAUGCCAAACCUGAGUUGAUCCUGAAGUUGGAGCAAGGAGCUGGGCCGUGGAAGGAAGAUGCACCAAACCAGAGCCUCCCAGGCUCCCCUCUCCUGUCACCACUGGGAGACAGACACCUAGGCUCAUUUGGACUGUGCCCUGUCUGGAGUUUUCAGGGAACCAAACUAAUUCCCUCAAAAUCCUCAGAAGUCACCCUGGAAAGCAGGCAGCAGGGUCAGAGGAGCUCGCGUAAAACCCCUCCCGCAAGCGUAGGUGGUAAACUGCACACAGAGGGCCAUCUGCGCAACUCUGCAGAUGGCGUCUGUGGGAAACGACACCUUUUCUACGACUAA